GGCCUGGAAUGAAUCAGGAGGUCUGAUUGAAUAGGCGAAGUUUGUUUUUUUCAAGUUUAAGGCCUAUGCCUAGCUAGGUACACAUGUGAGUGAAGUAUAAAUACGUACAUUAACUACACUGCCUAGAAAAAGGAUUUAAAGAUGGCUCAAAGUCGCUUAGCUGAUAUUGGCAAGAUAACCAAAGGGUUUGGCCUGGUUGCAAAAGCAUUUUUUGAAAUGGGAGGAAAGGAAGUAGAGAGACGGUUAAACAAUUCCAGUCUCAAGCCAGUCGUAUCUACUGUCCAGUCUAAAUUUGAAGACUGCAUGGAAUAUAUUCCAAAAGAAGAAUUUUACCAGAUGGAUUUUACAAGUCAAGAUUUUGAUAUCAUGAAUGCUGAUGAUUGGGAACCAGUUGGAGUAGGAAUCGAUGAGAAUAUCCGGCCAAAAACUUCAAACGAAAACCACACACAAACAUCACGUCGUGCGGAGGUACGCACGCAAAAAACAGGUGAAAAUGAUGUGCACACGCAAACUACACAAACAACACCAGGUAGUAAUGGAUUUCCUCCAAAACGCAGCUAUCAUACAUGGUCAGCUUUUAACACCAAGUUCAUUUUCGUGGCUCAUAGAAAUCGCGUCCGCCAUUGUACUACAGGGUUCGCUGCUGAAGACAUUAAGAAAUUCACAAAAGGUCAACCACCAAGGAAGACUAGGAAUAAACAAGUGUUAAGUGACAGAGCCAAAGAGAGGACAGUUCCUUCCACUAGGCUUGGCAGAGUGCUGAGUUUUGGAGAACUUGCAGCCGGACUGGGAAUUGGGACAAUAGCAGAACUGGCAAGGAGAGGUCUUGGGCUAACUAAUGACAGUGACAAUAAUGGAAGAAGUGCAUUACUGACCACAGCAAAUGCUGAUCGAGUCGUCAGUACACUUUGUAAAGUACGGGGAGCUGCAUUAAAACUAGGUCAGAUGCUGAGUAUCCAAGAUAAUAGUUUGAUCAGUCCAGAGCUGCAGAAUGUAUUUGAGAGGGUGAGGCAAAGUGCAGACUUCAUGCCAGUUAGACAAAUGACAGGUGUACUUAAGAAGGAAUUAGGAGAUGAUUGGCGGUCAAAGGUUGCUUCAUUUGAAGAGAAGCCUUUUGCUGCAGCUUCUAUUGGACAGGUUCAUCUUGCAACACUGCAUGAUGGGAAGGAGGUUGCAAUGAAAAUCCAGUACCCCGGUGUUGCAAAAGGAAUUGAUAGCGAUAUAGAAAACCUUACUGCUAUUCUUAACAUAUGGAAUGUGCUUCCAGAAGGUAUGUAUAUCGAGAAUGCAAUGGAUGUAGCAAGGCGUGAAUUAAGCUGGGAAAUAGAUUACAUAAGGGAAGCCAAAUACUCAGAAUUAUUCAGGAACUUACUGAAAAGUGAUGUCAUCUUCACAGUACCUGCAGUAGUACAUGAAUUGUCUUCCAAAGAGGUACUCACCACAGAACUCAUUGAUGGGAUUCCAUUGGACAAAGCAAUAGAUUUGGACCAGGAAACAAGAAAUAUGAUUAGCCUGAAUAUUUUAAGACUUUGCCUGACGGAAAUAUUUGAAUGGUUUGUGAUGCAGACCGAUCCAAAUUGGUCAAACUUUUUUUAUAACGCUGAUAGCAAGAAGAUUUGGCUUCUUGAUUUUGGGGCUACAAGAGUGUUUGACAAAUCAUUUGUGGACAAGUACAUUAGGAUAAUUCAUGGUGCAAGGACCGGUGAUAGGCAAGCGGUACUUGAGUACUCACAAAGACUUGGAUUUCUAACUGGAUAUGAGUCAAAGGUGAUGGAAGAGGCACACGUUGAAGCUGUGAUGAUUCUUGGUGAGGCUUUCCAAUCAGAUCAACCGUUUAACUUUGCAACACAAGACACAACCAUGCGUAUCCAUUCCCUAAUGUCUCGAAUGCUGCACCAUCGUCUGACGCCACCACCCGAAGAAUCCUAUUCCCUUCACCGUAAAAUGGCCGGCGCAUUCUUACUAUGCACAAAACUUGGUGCCAAUAUUUCGUGUAAACCACUUUUUGAUAAGCAUUGGCAACGGUAUGAAUUUGAUGAUGAAUAGGUGAAGCAUUUCAGAUAUAAUUAAAAUACAGUGAAGCAAUUUAACUAGAUAUUUAAUAUUAAUUUAAAAUUGUUUGCAAUAACAACAUUUCUACAGUUUUUAUCAGUUUACUGUUUAUAUAUAUUAGGAUUAGUGUUCUAACUAUAACAAAUUCUGGAAAAAAGGCUUUACCAGGUAUAUUUUCCUGCGAAAUGCUUCUUCUAAAUGUAUAACUAGUUUCAAUAUCGUAAUGUCACUGCAGCUAAACAAAUGCCACUUUGGUGUGAUGACUGUUUUUUUAUGAAUAGCAUAGCAGUUGGUACUGCGAAUCAAUCAUGGAGACAUUCUUACAAGUUCUUUAAAUACAGAACUGUAGGCCUAAAGCACAGGUGGGGAAAGGUGCGGCCCCUGGGCCACAUGCGGCCCAACAUCAAUUUUAUUGCGGCCCGCCACAACCCUAUGUUUGUGACCCAUCUACCAUCUUUGGCUAUAAAACCCUUGGUUUUUUAUGGCCCAACGCCGAUAAUCUGUAAAAAGUUUUAUUAAUUAAUUAUUCAUUAUUAAGAAGAUUUGUGGUCAAACAAUAGCUUAUUUUCUGUAAAUUGUUGCGAUAUUUAAACAUUGUCAAUUGCUACAGGGUCAAAGACAAUUGGCUAGAAGUGAAAUGGCUUUAUUAUUCAUAAUUCAGGGGAUUUGUAGUAAAACAAUAGCUUGUUUUCUGUAUAUGGUUGUGAUAGUUUCAAAUAAAUAAUUGUGAUACUUAA